AUGGUUCACCGGUGCUCUCCCAAGCAUCUGCUCUCAGAAGCAUCAGAAGCAAUGGAGUCUCUACACUCCAGUGGUUUCUCGAGCUCAGCGGGCGUCUACUACAGCCUCUGGCAAACCCCCGACUUCCCCCACACUCCCCUCCUCGACUACCCUUCCUUCCUUCUUCUUUCCCUUCAAAGUAACUCAUCCAUACCGGCCUUCAUAGACGCCAAAACCGGCACCAAGAUCAUGUACUCUGACCUCCCUUCCCUCACCAACAGGAUCGCUUCAGCCCUCCAUUCGCUAGGCAUCAGGAAGGGCGAUGUAGUUCUCAUCAUCUCUCCCAACUUCCUCUACUAUCCCCUUCUCAUGCUGGCCAUCAUGUCCUUGGGAGCAAUAGUCAGCCCCAUCAACCCCUUGUGCCUGAGAGACGAAGUCGAAUCUCAAACCAAGGACUCCAACCCCAAGCUCAUCUUCACCACAGUGGAACUGAAACCAAAAUUUCACGGCCUCCUGGCAAAGCCUCUCAUUCUACUGGAGCCAUUCAUGGAAGAACUGCUCAAGAGGCCGGCCGACAUGAUCUACGAGCUGCCACCCGGCGUGAAGAUCAAGCAGUCCGACACGGCGAUGCUUGCUUACUCGUCGGGGACGACGGGGAAGAGCAAGGGGGUGCUCUGCUCCCAUGGCAACUUCAUCUCCAUGGCCUGCAUCCUCAGGAGCGUGUGGAGCAGCAAGCAUGAAGGGAGGGAAGUGUAUCUGUGCGUGCUGCCUCUGUUCCACAUGUAUGGCAUGGCGGUGUUCAUCACUGGGUUACUGUCGACGGGAGCCUGUGCGGUGAUCGCCCGUAAAUACGUUCUAGAGGACGUACUAGCCUGCGUGGAUCGGUUCGCGGUAACGAGGCUUCCGCUUGUUCCGCCCAUGAUAGUUCAACUGUUGAGCUCCCAACGGGCCAAAAACUGCAGCCUAAGUUCCCUCAAGGAGGUUUGCUCGUCUGGUGCUUCACUAGAGAGAGAGUUCAUGAUAAAAUUCACCAACGCCUUCCCCAAGGUUGUUCUCACCCAGAUGUACGGGCUUACAGAGACGAGUGGGCCGAUGACGCUGUGCGAUGGGGUGGACGGUAGGUUUCAUAUAUCGAUAGGAAGACUGUCGCCGUCGGUGGAGGCGAGGAUCGUGGAUAUUGAGACCGGCCGGUGGCUGCCGCCCGGGGGAACUGGUGAACUCUGGCUUAAAGGACCUACGAUCAUGCACGGAUACUUCCAGAACGAGCAGGCGACGUCCGAGGCCAUGGACAGGGACGGGUGGCUGCGCACCGGCGAUAUAUGCGUCAUCGACGACCAUGGCCUCGUCUACAUUGUAGGAAGGAUAAAGGAGCUCAUUAAGUACAAAGCUUACCAGGUUGCUCCAGUCGAGCUCGAGGAAAUCCUAGGCAAGCAUGAGGCAGUCGAAGAUUGUGCAGUGAUUCCGUAUCCAGAUAAGGAGGCAGGAGAGAUCCCCACCGCCUGCAUAGUGAGAAAGCCUCUCAACAACUUGAAGGAGCAAGAUAUUACGAUUUACAUGGCAAACAAGGUCGCUCCUUACAAGAGGAUAAGGAAGGUAAUAUUUGUGGACCACAUCCCAAGAUCACCAUCAGGGAAGAUCCUGAGGAAGGCCCUAAUCACAUCGGUAUUGUCAACCCAACUCACCACCUCAAAGACUACUACGAGACUCCACCGCUUUGGUGGUUAUAUAGACAUAAAUCAUCUAUAUGCCUACCCCGGUACUCUUGGUUACCGACUCGUAUGA